UAAACCCACCAAUCUUUUAUGUAACUUAAACACCCCCAAAACCUCAAAACAAAUACAAAGCUAAAGUCUUAUAAAAUGGGAAGGCAGCUUUAUACGACGACGUUUCUUCACUUUGCCACCAUACUCUUCGUUUCCCGAUCAAUCUCAGCCCUCCGUUUCCCUCCCGCGCCACCAACAACAACCAACGACCUAGAUUUCAUCCGCACAAGCUGCAACGCAACGCUCUACCCUGACGUGUGCUUCACGUCUUUAUCCGGCUACGCCUCCGCCGUACAAGACAACCCCGCGAGACUCGCCAAACUCGCCAUCGGCGUUUCCCUCUCCCGCGCGAAACACACGGCGACCUACCUCUCGAAACUCUCACGCGCCGCCGCAGCCUCCCCCGCCGUCCACGACUGCGUCUCCAACGUGGGAGACGCCGUGGAGCAGAUGCACGGCUCGCUCCAGCAGCUCCGGGAGAUGAACCACCGUCGUCCCGGAGCUCCGGCGUUUAGGUUCCAGAUGAGUAACGUGCAGACGUGGAUGAGCGCGGCGUUGACGGACGAGGAGACGUGUACGGAUGGGAUCACGGAGGAGAUGGAAGAAGGAGAGACGAAGACGGCUAUUUGCGAGAGAGUCGCUGAUGUUAAGAGGUUCACGAGCAAUGCGCUUGCGCUGGUCAACACAUACGCGAAUAAUGGAGCCUAGCACUAGGCCUUUAAUUUUUCUAUAGAUACUUGUGUAUAUCUUGUGCUUAAUUAGAUUUUGUGUGUGUUCGAGGCUGUGUAAUAUAAUUUACUGUGUUGGAACUUCGAGUUUGUGUGCUGCAUUAAGCUAAGUUUAGUUGUCUUUAAACCAAAACAAAGUUUGAUCGUGUGUGUGUUAUUACUAUAUGAAAUGAUAUGGAGAGAAAAUCGAUCAAUUAUAGAUGGCUUUGAUAAAUAGUUUUGGAUACAUUUCAAAUAAACUGUAUU